GGUCCGAAGCACAUGACUCUUCCGGCUGGUCAAAGAUGGCGGCACCCAGAGCUGUAGCGUGAAAGUGGUUGGUGAAAGGGGCUGUCCAUUCGUGUUGGAAUUAAAACAGCGGGACCGUGCACCAUGUCACGACUGAUUGUGAAGAACCUCCCGAAUGGGAUGAAGGAGGAACGUUUCAGGCAGCUGUUCGCCGCCUUCGGCGUGCUCACGGACUGCAGCCUGAAGUUCACCAAAGAUGGCAAGUUCCGGAAGUUCGGCUUCAUCGGCUUCCGGUCGGAGGAAGAGGCCCAGAGGGCGCUGAACCAUUUCAACAAGAGUUUUAUCGACACAUCCCGGAUCACGGUGGAGUUCUGCAAGUCGUUUGGGGACCCAACAAAGCCUCGAGCCUGGAGCAAACACGCCCAGAAAACAAGCCAGUCCAAGCAACCUCCAAACAACAAAGACCCCGCGCCCCCAGAAGCUAAGAAGGACGACAAGAAGAAAAAGGCAACAAGUGACUUGCAGAAGCUGAAGGAAGACACCCAGUUCCGGGAGUUCCUGUCAGUUCACCAGAAGCGGACGCAGACAGCCACUUGGGCUAACGAUGCCCUGGACGCUGAGCCCCGCAAAGGGAAGGGCAAGCUGGCCAGUGACUACCUGAACUUCGACUCCGAUUCGGGCCAGGAGAGCGAGGAGGAGGGAGCCGGGGGAGACCUGGCGGAGGAGGAUGGCCUUGAACCCAAGGCAGCAGUGCAGAAGGAGCUGUCGGACAUGGAUUACCUGAAAUCCAAGGUGGUGAGGGCCGAGUCGCCAUCUUCCUUGGAGGAGGAGGAGGAAGAGAGUGAAGAUGAAGCCGUGAACUGUGACGAAGGGAGUGAGGCUGAGGACGGGGAGUCCUGUGCUGCCCCCAACCGGCAGGACAGAGACAGGAUGGAGCCCCGGCCAGAGGCAGGGACCCCAUCUGGGGACAGAAAACCACAGGAGGCCAGAGCCGAGAUGGAGAAACCAGCAACCCAGAAGGAACCCACCACCUCCCACACUGUGAAGCUGAGGGGAGCCCCGUUCAACGUCACAGAGAAAAAUGUGAUGGAAUUCCUGGCACCCCUGAAACCCGUGGCCAUUCGAAUAGUGAGAAAUGCUCAUGGGAACAAAACAGGGUACAUCUUUGUGGAUUUCAGCAGCGAAGAGGAAGUGAAGAAAGCUUUGAAAUGCAACAGAGAAUACAUGGGCGGCCGCUACAUCGAGGUGUUCAGGGAAAAGAGUGUCCCCACGGCCAAGGGGCCCUUGAAGAACAGCACCAAAGCCUGGCAAGGCCGGACGCUCGGCGAGAACGAAGAAGAGGAGGACCUGGCCGACUCCGGCAGGCUCUUCGUGCGAAACCUGCCCUACACCAGCACCGAGGAGGACCUGGAGAAGAUCUUCUCCAAAUACGGUCCCCUGUCUGAGCUGCAUUACCCCAUCGACAGCCUGACCAAGAAGCCCAAGGGCUUUGCCUUUGUCACCUUCAUGUUUCCCGAGCACGCCGUGAAGGCCUAUGCAGAGGUGGACGGGCAGGUGUUCCAGGGUAGGAUUCUCCAUGUGUUACCAUCCACCAUCAAGAAGGAAGCCAGCGAGGACGCCGACACCCCGGGAUCGUCCUCUUACAAGAAGAAGAAGGAGUCGAAGGACAAAGCCAGCAGCUCCAGCUCUCACAACUGGAACACGCUGUUCAUGGGCCCAAACGCAGUGGCCGACGCCAUCGCACAGAAGUACAGCGCCACCAAGAGCCAAGUGUUUGACCACGAGACCAAGGGCAGCGUGGCCGUGCGCGUCGCCCUCGGGGAGACCCAGCUGGUCCAAGAAGUACGGCGCUUCCUCAUGGAAAACGGGGUCAGCCUGGAUUCUUUCAGCCAGGCCGCCGCGGAGCGAAGCAAGACCGUGAUCCUGGCGAAGAACCUGCCGGCUGGCACCCUGGCGGCCGAGCUGCAGGAGACGUUCGGCCGCUUCGGCAGCCUGGGCCGCGUGCUGCUGCCUGAGGGUGGCAUCACCGCCAUCGUGGAGUUCCUGGAGCCCCUGGAGGCCCGCAAGGCCUUCAGACACCUGGCCUAUUCCAAGUUUCACCACGUCCCCCUGUACCUGGAGUGGGCUCCAGUGGGCGUCUUCUCCAGCUCCGCCCCGCAGAAGAAAGAACCGCAAGACGCACCAGUGGAACCUGUGGACAGCGACAGGGCGGAGCCAGAAGCUGUGCCAGACGGUGAGACCUCACAAGAUGAAAAGCCAACAGCGGGAAGAGCAGACGACUCUUCAGCAAAGAUGGAAGAGGAGGAGGAGGAGGAGGAGGAGGAAGAGGAAGAUAGCCUCCCUGGCUGUACUCUGUUUAUUAAAAAUCUCAACUUCAACACGACUGAGGAGACGCUGAAGGGAGUCUUUUCCAAAGCGGGAGUGGUGAAGAGCUGCUCUAUUUCCAAGAAGAAGAACAAAGCAGGAGUGAUGCUGUCCUUGGGGUUUGGGUUCGUGGAAUACAGAAAGCCAGAGCAGGCCCAGAAAGCGCUCAAGCAGCUCCAGGGUCACGUCGUGGACAACCACAAGCUGGAGGUGAGGAUCUCGGAACGUGCCACCAAGCCAGCCCUGACCUCCGCUCGGAAGAAACAAGUUCCCAGAAAGCAGACAACCUCCAAGAUCCUGGUGCGAAACAUCCCCUUCCAGGCUGACAGCCGGGAGAUCCGCGAGCUCUUCAGCACUUUUGGGGAGUUGAAGACCGUCCGCUUACCAAAGAAGAUGAUGGGGACAGGCACGCACAGAGGGUUCGGCUUCGUGGACUUUCUUACCAAGCAGGACGCGAAGAGAGCCUUCAACGCGCUAUGUCACAGCACCCACUUGUACGGCCGGAGGCUGGUCCUGGAGUGGGCCGACUCUGAGGUGACCCUACAGGCGCUGCGGCGGAAGACGGCCGAGCACUUCCACGCGCCCCCGAAGAAAAAGCGGUCUGUGGUGUUGGACGACAUCCUGGAGCAGCUGGAAGACAGCGAAAACGACAGCGAGGGGCAAACCCUUCAGCUGUGAGCUGGCACCGAGAGGCUCGUUGGAUAAUAGCGCCCACCAGGGCAGGGGAAAGACGGCUGCCUUUCGCGGAACAGAAGAGACUGUACCUGCCACUCGGUGCUUGGACAAUCUCCUGCCACUUCAGACCCCUGAGGUCUGCAAGCCGGACCUGCUGUUUCCAAGCACCUCACUGACCUGCCUGUGCUGCCAAAUGAACUUGGAACUUCGAACCCCCAGAAGCCAGCACUGAGGGCUUGAUCCCCAUGGGAGCAAAACCUAUCUCCACACCACGAGUGGAAAGGGGCCGGGGGCAACAAGAAACCUGGCUCCCUUUAUUUUUUUCCUUUUUCUCACCUUUGAUAUGUAUAUCGGAUUCUUAUUUCUAAAUACAAAAGCAAGGUGCCUUUUCAACUUUGUCCCCCCAUGAGCCCUCUGCGCGGACAUUUUCCUCGGUGACAAGGCAGAGGGCGGAAACCGCGGUAGCAGGCAUGUUCUCGCUGUUGACCUCCUCGAGAUAAGCCUCCGCCAGCCCGCUCCACCCCCGCCCCCUUCCCCCUAUUCAGGGAAAGGAGGUUUUGCUUUUCCGCCCCCCGUUUCUGGUUACAUAUGUACACGGCUGAUAAAAUAUUCCACUUCACCCCUUCUCCCCAUGGGACCUGCCGUCUUACGGGAAAAGGGUUUGUAUGACAGCGACCACGACAGCCUGCGUGUCGCCUGGAAACCGCGGUGGGAGGAGGGGGCCGUCUCUCUCCGGCUCCUCUUUAUUCAGCUCCCCUCUCCUGGUUCUGAUAACUGCAUCGCUGGAGAGAAAAGGCCGGCACUGCCUCCGUGGGCCCCAGCCGAGGCCCAGAUGGUCGCCCACCUCUCCUUGAGAAGGGAGAUGCUUUCAAGGUCCCCACUGUUGCUUGCCUGGCAACACCCACCUCCCGUGGACUUCACCUGGGGUCACCCAGACAUGCUUGAGCCCACUCUCCCUGGACACCCUCAAAAGUUGGAGCCACAGCAAAACCUGGCUGGGGGAGGUCCCGAAGAAGCAAACUUGGCUGAUGGGUAGAACCCAGCAGUUGGAGAAGGGGCUGGGCCUUGUACACGGAGAGAGGGUUGUCAUGGCUGCCUGAGGUGGUCCAGGAAAAAAAGCAGCUAAAGCAUCGUCUGGACUUCUACCCAGAGGGGCUCUUGAAGUGAUUCAGAUGCUGCCUCUGCAGACACUGAUUCCUGCUUCUCUCUCCACCCACUUGGCUCUCUCAUGUCUCCCAUCACAUGUAACUGACAUUCCAGAAUAUUCCAGAGGCAAAAGCGGGGGGUGGAAGCAAACAUCCUUAAGCUUCUUCCUGAGACCUCCUUUUCCAGAAAGCAACAGCCGACUUUGCCCUGAGUUCACAGGAGCAGGGCCUUUGCACCCAGCAUCCUGAGUGGUGCCUCUGCCAUGCCCCACCCCCUUCAAAGGGCCUCCACUCAGCGUAGACGUUUGCCGAGCUCAUGAUGGGCCAGGCGCCAGGCUCGGUGCUGAGGGGCAGAGCCACAGACCCUGUGCUAAGAAGACCUUCGACUAGGGGGUGGGGUUAAUAAGACAAAAAUGGAUCGCAAAAAGCUUCACAUGGGAGGUGGGGCGUGUUCUGAAAGACUGGAAGAAGGUGGGGUUCAGGUAGGGAUGCAACAAGCGUUUAGUAAGCACCUAGUAGGUGCUCGGCACCACGGUGGUCAAGAUGAGAGACGCAUUGCCCGGCCUUGGAGGAUUAGUUUAUUUGAAAUGACCUUUGCAUCGAGAUGACCUCUUAGAAGGAAAGCAACGAAGUGGGCAGGGCAGGGGCGACCACGGUGGCUGUCAUAAGCGAGUAGCCACACGUGCACUGAGAGCCCUCCAGGCAGGCUGGGCAGUUUUUAGGCUGAGCCUUAUCCAAACAAAGGUGCACAUGUGUGUUAUGUGUGAAUUACAGCCUGGUCCCUCCGUGCCAUGGGCCGAUUAGCACGAGCUGGCAACACUGGCCUACAUGGAAAGAAAUGUGUAAAAGUAAGAGAACUGUGAAUGACGAAUUCUGUUACCUGUCCACUGGUGCUGCCAUCUCCAGCCUCAUGGUCCUCAAGGCUGAGGAAUGAAGUAAAAAGGCUGGCAGGGAACCUGAGUGUGUCU